AUGGAUCACAUCAAGGGCUCCGUGGGGAGCCUGUGGAAUCAAGAUGCUACGAGCAGUGGCAGCAGAGGCAAGAACAAGAACAAGAAGAAGAGUGAAGAGCAGUGGUUCCCAACAAUCAAAUCGUCGGAGGACGCUCUCCAGGAGAAGAAGCUGAACUUUGGGCCAGGUGGGGGCGUGGGCAUUGGGUGUGGGGUGGGCAUUGGUGCUGGUCUGGUGGGUGGGUUUGGCUAUGGCGGUUGGCUGUGGAAUCACCUGAGGCUGGUGGUGGGCGUUGGGGCGGGAUGUGGCAUCGGGAUAGGUUAUGGGUAUGGCCAAGGUUUUGGGGUGGCAUGGGACAGACCUCCCCCCAAGAGAAAACCCCCGCCCAAGUUUUUGGUCAUUGAGAUCUGA